AUGAUCCCUUUGGUGAUUAUCGGCGCUCGGCUGCUCAUAGGUUCUGUGGUGCUCUCAGGCUUCGGAGUGAUGCUCACGGCCGUCGUGGUGUUCAUAACCAAUGUGAUGCUCAGGAAGUACGUUGACAUUUCUUUUAAGAAGUUGCACCAGGCCCGCGAGCUGCACGGCAAGUUCAGGCGCCGCAUGCACGAGGUCUCGGCGGAGGUCGCGGAGAGGAACAAGAAGCGCCCACAGAGUUCCAGGCAGGAUUGCAAGGAGAGCGCCAAUCGCAAGGCCAGGAAGGACGACCCCGAUCCUCAUUCUUACGACCUCACCGUGAGCACGGACGAUACCAAGUACGAGGUGCUGACGGUGAUCAGCUGGUGUGCCUACCCAGUUGUCGACUUAUUCCCGAUGUUCGGCAUCACUGCCGCGCAGGCCGUCGUCGCCAUCCAGAUUACCCAUUACGUACCAGACAUCAUCUCCAAGUGCGGCGUGGGCCUUGUGAUUUACCAGAUCACGCAUGACAAGUCGAGCAAGGGCGCGCUGUUGGGCGCGAUGAGCGCCGCCUCGCCGCUGGAGCUGCUGAAGGAGGCCCAGGAGUUCAAGCAGCAGGGCAAUGCCCGCUUCAAGGAGGGCGAGUGGAGGAAAGCGCUCGGGAGCUACCACAAGGUAUUUUGCUAUAUCAAUGGCUUGUCGCUUCCCGGCCAGAAGAGCGAGGCAGCGAGCUACGGGGAGAUGAUGGGCCGUUCUACAUCUGCCAGUCAGGUCCCUGCAGAACAUGUAGAGGAGUUCAAGCAGCUGCAGUUGUCGACGAAUCUGAACAUGGCUGCGUGCUAUCUCAAGAUCGCCGAGUACCAGAAAUGCCAGACGGCCUGCGGGAAGGCGCUGGCCGUCUCCGGGGACUCGAGCAAGGCUUACUUCAGGCGGGGACAGGCCAACUUGGAGUUGAGAGAUCUUGACGCGGCCAGGACGGACUUCGAGCAGGCCAGGGCACUGGCCCCAGAGGACCCGGCCGUAGAGAAGGAGCUGAAGAGGCUAAAGGUUGCUUUCCAGCGGCACGAGAAGCAGGAAAAGGCAAGAUUCGCCAAGAUGUUCGACAAAAUGGCGAAGGACUCCAGGGACGACGAGGGCGGGGAGCCAGCGGCCCCCGCGGCCGGAAGCGGAGACCAGGAGGCGGCCGCUGCCAGUGCGUGA